AUGGUGAAAAGCUGCGAGAAAAGAGAACAAAACAUUACGUUGGCCAUUGACAGAGACAAAGAGAGCCAGAACGCAUUGAAAUGGACUGUCGAUAACCUUCUUAGUCGAGGCCAGACACUUACUCUUCUUCAUGUCAAACUCAAACACCCCCCUUCUCUUCCUUAUUCCGGGUCUCACCCUAAUAGGUCAAGCGAUGACGGGACAGAAAUUUUUCUUCCAUUCCGUUGCUACUGUGCUAGAAAAGACGUCAACUGCAAAGAUGUGAUUGUGGAGGACUUUAGUGCGGCCCAAGGAAUACUUGACUAUGUGCAAGAGAAUGCAGUGGAGACUCUAGUACUCGGUGCAUCGAGGAUGACACUUUUAAGGUUCAAAGCAGCGGACGUUUCAAGCACAGUAAUGAAAAAGGCGGCGAGUUUCUGUACAGUAUAUGCAAUCUCUAAAGGAAAGAUCUCGUCCAUGAGAUCAGCUACAGCUUCACUCCGGAGUUCCACUAUGCGGCAGCAUGUACACGCUCAGACGAGCUAUCAAAAUGUUGAAAGGAGGCAACAAACAAUGCAAAGAACACAAGAAGAGAUCGAGAUCAAAAGAGGAUAUGAAGGAACAUACCAGCCUUCGAUUACAGACUCCGACAUAUCAUAUGUGAGUAGUGGAAGACCGAGCGUUGAUCUGAUGUUUCCUUCUUUUUAUGACAAUGUGGAUAAUCCACGGCUCUCCCUCAGCUCUGAUUUUGAAGAAAAUCGAAUUAGUUUUGCUACAUCAUGCUCGUCAGAUAAGCAGUCCAUAGAUCUUGGAUCAUCAUAUGCAGCAUUCUCUUCAAGCUCACUUGAAAGUGGGAGACAAUCAUGUUCACUAUCGAGCCAGGAUGAGAUUGAAGCGGAGAUGAGAAGGCUGAAAAUGGAGCUAAAGUAUACGAUGGAGAUGUAUAACAGUGCCUGCAAGGAAGCAAUCUCUGCAAAGAAGGCAGCUACUGAGUUACACAAGUGGAAAGCAGAUAAAGAACGGAAAUUAGAAGAGGUAAGACUUGCCAAGGAAGCAGCAAUGGAAAUGGCAGAAAGUGAGAAAGAAAAAAGCAGAGCAGCCAUGGAAGCUGCAGAGGCAGCUCAGAGAAUAGCAGAAGUUGAAGCUCAAAAGAGAAAGCACAUUGAAAACGCAGAGGAAAAGAAGAGGGAGAUGCAUUCUUUAGUGAAAACUAGUUUAAGGUACAGGAAAUACAUGAUUGAGGAGAUUGAAGACGCCACAGAAGAUUUCUCAACGAGUCGAAAGAUUGGAGAAGGAGGCUAUGGACCGGUUUACAGGGGAACACUAGAUUAUACUCAAGUCGCAAUAAAAGUUCUACGACCAGACGCGGCACAAGGAAGGUCUCAAUUCCAGAAAGAGGUUGAAGUACUAACCUGUAUGAGACAUCCAAACAUGGUUCUGCUACUUGGAGCAUGUCCGGAAUACGGAUGUUUAGUCUACGAAUACAUGGCAAAUGGUAGCUUAGAAGACUGCUUAUUCAGACGAGGAAACACUCCAAUCCUUUCUUGGCAGCUAAGAUUUCGCAUAGCAGCUGAAAUCGCAACCGGUCUUCAUUUCCUCCACCAGAUGAAACCGGAGCCUUUGGUGCACCGGGACCUUAAACCGGGAAACAUUUUACUUGACCAGCAUUUCGUCAGCAAGAUUUCCGAUGUGGGCUUGGCCAGGCUAGUCCCUCCAUCUGUUGCUGACACUGCAACCCAAUAUAGAAUGACGGCAACUGCUGGAACAUUCUGUAACAUAGAUCCAGAAUAUCAGCAGACCGGUAUGUUGGGGACUAAAUCAGACGUUUACUCGUUCGGGAUUAUGCUUUUACAAAUACUUACGGUUAAGCCACCAAUGGGUUUGACUCAUCACGUCGACAAAGCAAUCCAAAAUGGAACUUUCGCUGAGAUGUUAGACCCUGCUGUCCCUGACUGGCCAUUGGAAGAGGCUUUGGUUGCAGCGAAACUUGGUCUACGAUGUGCGGAGUUAAGACGCAAAGACAGACCUGACUUGGGGAAUGUUGUUUUACCUGAGCUUAACAGACUAAGAGCUCUAGCCGAAGAAAGGAUGCCACCCAUUAACUUUGGUGGAAGCCAACGACCUUCACCGAGUAGGAACCGGAAUAAUAGCCAUACCCAAAGUCCAGUGUCUACAACUUCACUGCAUGAGAAUAUAAGUGAUCCACAGCUACAAUAUGGAUCUGAUAAUUCAAGUUCUCACAAUAAUUCUACAUCUUGA